AUGAGCGCUGCUAAUGUGGUACCGUGUUUAUCAGAACUAUUUGAUAUUGAUUUGAGUUUAAAGAUAACGAAAAUCUCUCAAAAACAGCGUUUAAUCGCGCAACGUUUAGCUGAAAUCAUUAACUCACAUACUAACUGUGAUCAAUUUCAUCAUGAUGCUGAAGUAACAUUGGAUUUGGUGAAUGAUUUGGAUGAUUAUUAUUAUGAUAAUGAUAUUGUUGGCUGCGAUAGUGAUGGCAACGGCUCUAAUGAUGAAUGGGAUAAUGAAGAAGAUACAAAAGAAAAUUAUCGGUUAAAUAAUUAUUCUAUUGAAUUUAUGAAGGAAGUAAUUGGUUUUGCUGAUGCAAAAGAUUCAUCUGAGCAAGCUUAUAUUUGUCGAUUUCGUCAAUAUGUAGCUCAACAAGAGACAAAACGACAAAAAACUCAAGAUAUUGAUAAAGCUGUUCAUCAAAAGUUCUUAAAAGCUCGUGAACAAUAUCUACCGAUUCACAACAUUGACAUUCAACGAUGUGGUUUACAAGCUGCAAGGGAGGUGAACCUGGAUAGUUUUACAGAUUCAGAAUCGGGGCUUCUGAAAUUUAAAAAUCGUCAUGGGAUAUGUUCUCGUAAGGUGACUAAUAUAGUGACAAAAAAAGAAAUAAUUAAUUUUGGUGAUAUAAAGAAAUCAAAAAUAGAUUUUUUAGAAAAAUUUCAUCGAUUGUCAAAAGAAUAUUCGAGAAAAGAGAUUUUAAGUAUGGAUCAGGUAGGUAUUGAAAAAGAAUUACACUCGACACGUACAUUAUCAUUUCAAGGUGAGAAGAAAACUCUUGGGUGCGUUGCAUCAAAAAAUGCAACUGUCCAUUCAUAUACAAUUCAACCUACAAUUAGUUUAAAUGGAGAACUAAUCGGACCGAUGUACGUGUGCCUUCAAGAGCCAAAUGGUGGUAUAGGUGACAUUGUAAAACGUCAUUUAUUUCAACCAAAAAAUGUUGUCAUUACAUGUUCUGUGUCAGGUAAAGUGACGAGUUCGUUGGACCAGUAUUGGAGGGACAAUGUUUUAGUACCAUCAACUGGAGAAAAAGUUUUACUCUUAUCAGAUUCAUGGUCUGGUCAAAACGAUGAUGACAUAUACACUGAUUUAAAAUCAAUUGGAAAAGCGAUUCACCGCAUUCAAAUACCACUAAAAAACAACAUCUGA